GUGAGAUCUGAGUCUGGAUGACUGAAUUAUCGAGCAGCAAAGGCGUCUUGGCUCUUCUCCUCCUUGGCAGUAGGCAGCGAUGUCUUUCACUAGAGUAACUGAGGGUCCAGAAGAUGAUGAUUAUGAGAACAUGGCCUCAUCAAAAGAUGACCUUCCUCCCAAGCCAGGCACCAGGAAGCUUCCAGGCCCAGGUGGAAGAUUGGGAUGGCUGAGGGGUUCAAUAGCUCCCCCAAGACCUCCUCGAGCAGGAAAGCAAACAGUGAAACCAGCACUUCCGAGCAAGUCCCCACAAGCAGCAGGUUUGGGCCCUGCUGUUGUGUCCUGUCCCCCACUUCCCCAGAAGGCUGCUCCCAAUCUGCAGCCCAUCCAGGGGUUUCAGCUCAGUCAGGUACAUCAGCACCCAGUACAUCAGAUGCCCCAGUCCAGCCAUGUGUUCCAGCCCAGUCAAGGGCUACAGUUCACCCAGGUACCUCAGCUCAGCCAAGGAUUCCAGCUUACCCAGGUGCCUGAGUCCAGCCAGAAAAGAAAGAUCCCCCAGCUAACUCGGAAGGAGAAAAUGGCAGUGUGCCUUUGUAUCCUGGUGGGGAUAGCAUUGCUCCUGGGGGUGACCAGCCUUUCUGUGACCUUGAUGAAGUUGACUGGACUAAGAGAUUUGACUGGACUAAGGAAAUACAUUGAUCAAAUCCAAGAUGACACCAACCGAACCAUAACUGAGCUUCGAGAUUUAAUUGACUGCACCAGAAAGUCCUGUCCGAAGGACUGGCUUCCUUUUGGGGAAAGCUGCUACUUUUUCUCUACAAUGAUCAAGAGCUGGGAUGCUGCCAGUGUAUUUUGUUUGGAGAAUCACUCUCAUCUGGUCAUCAUCAGCAGCACUGAAGAACAGAAUUUUGUGACCGAGGCCCGUAGCUCACAGCGAAACUACUGGCUGGGGCUGACUGACAGAAAAGUUGAAGGGGAGUGGCAAUGGCUGGAUGGGUCCUGGCUUACUUUAAGCUUCUGGAAACUAGGGGAGCCCAAUAAUGUGCACAAUGAGGACUGUGUCAUCCUGCUCUCAGAUGGCCAAUGGAAUGAUGUAUCUUGUUUCUUGGCCACGUAUUGGAUUUGUGAGAGGAAAUUUGCUUGUUGAUUCUCUCAAGUGAAGCUGGGGGCUGGACCCAGGGCCUCUUCUUCUAAGAUGAGUGUUCAGAAUUGGGGUAGAAACUUACCCUUUCAUAAAAUGGUCCUGUCCCAAGUCUUUGCUUGUAAAGUGCCUCAGACUGCUAUGACAAAGCUGUGGUACACUGAUUUCCUUCCCACAACACCCGACUCAGCAGUAUCCAGCAAGAUGGAUGUCAGUUUAAUUUCAAGGACCAGGAUUUGUGUGGGUAUUCUAUCAUGUGACAAUGAGCAGUGAGCUGAGCGCAUCAUGAGGUGGGUAGGAUCAAAGCCGGGGGUAGAGGAUCAAUUUGGGCCUUGGCACUUCGUCUCCACAACCUUGAUGGCUUCAUAGGUCAUCAUGCAGCUGAGGAUCAUCACUAGUCCCAGGGGAUCUUAGAAGUUUGGGCUGGGGGUUUAGGGUUACUUGCAUGCAGAGAAAGGGUUUGCUUUGGUCCAAGAACUCUGAGUCCCUGCCUCAACCAAUAUGGGCUGAGUUUCAAGGAAGCCUCUAGGUCUCAUAGGGACUCCUGGAUGAGGGAAAAUAUCAAACAGGGCCAAGCCACUGAGUUGCUGUGACUUCUCUAGAUCCAUUCUGGAGGCCUGAGCAGAACUGAAACAAUCUUUGAGGGACAGGUGAAGGAAGGUGUCCCUUGCCACAUUCAAUGGAUUCUGGAAUGUCUUGAGUUAGGUUUAUCCAGGCAAAGUGGCAGAGUGGGAAUCCAUCAUUGACCUGGUCCAUGGGCCUGAUCAUCUUCUUCAUACCCAUGUCCCAGCUGCACACAGUUAACCCCCUGCACCAGGUCCAGGAUUACAGCCAACAGCCCUGUCUGGCUUUAAAACCUAAACCAAUUGGAAUCAUAUAUUUAGAGCUGAAAGUUACCUUAGAGGUCACAUAGUCUAACCUCUGAUUCUAUAUAUUUUGCACAUGGGGAAACCUAGGCCCAGGAAGAAGGAAGAACUUGUCCAAGGGCCAUUAGAGGUAGGGUUAACAAAGGUUUGGGUUAUUUGCUAUCUAAAAUAGCAGAGCUGGGAUUCCACUUGAGGCCCUCUGAUUCUGAAUCCAGAAUGCUUCUCACUGACCCAUGCUGCCUCAUGGUCAU